AAUUUUGCCUCCCCGCCGCAAGCCGUCUCGGCCCGCCUAGGCGGCUCUGUCUCCCUCCCCUCUCCGCUCUCGACCGCCGGAAGCCGCGUUGCCCACUCGGCGGCCCUCCCGCUCCGGCGCUCCGGCGCGAGGUCCGAGGCCUCCCUCGCGAGAUCCACCGUCAUCCUUUUCCACGCCCCGAUCCCCACUACCCUCGAGGCGAACGAGGAAGAGCGCCAGCGGGCCUCGACCGCCUCCUGGACGGCCGCAACGGCAACAGCCACGGCUGGCCGGCGGCAGCUGGAAAUGCUCUAACGAAAAAAUCAUUUCGCUUGGGGCUUCUAUGUCGGCCACCGCCGCCGACGAGGCCAUCCGCCGUGUCCUCCUCACAGGCGUCAGCCCCAGCAGUCACCUCCCACCGCUCACCGUCAAGCUCAUCCACGGCCGCCUGCUCCGCCUGGACCUCCUCCUCACCGACCUAUCGCAGCUCCUUCUCCGCGCCGUUUCUUCCUGCGGCCUGCACCUCCACGCCCUCCGCCUCCACUCCCUCCUUCCCGACCCCUCCCACCUCACCUUCCCCUUCGCGAUCAAGGCCGCCUCCCGGCUCCCCAACCCGCUCACUGCCGGCGUGCAACUCCAUGCGCGCUCCCUCAAGCUCCCCUCCCACUCCAACGCUCACGUCCUCACCUCCCUCCUCAACCUCUACGCUAAAUGCGGCCGUUUGCUCGACGCCCAGAAGGCGUUCGACGAAAUGCUCCACCCCGGUACCGUCUCCUGGACCGCGCUCAUCACCGCGUACAUGGACGCGGGGCGCGCUCAGGAAGCCGUCGGAGUUGCGAGGAGGGCGUUCGCGAGUGGCAUGCGCCCUGACAGCGUCACGGCUGUGCGGGUCCUCACUGCGUGCGCUCGAGUCGCUGAUUUGGUGAAUGGGGAGGCAGUGUGGAAGGUGGCAGAGCAGGAGGGGAUCGCUGGGAACAUGUUUGUGGCAACUGCGGCGUUGGACUUGUAUGUCAAGUGCGGGGAAAUGGACAAGGCUAGGGAAGUGUUUGACAAGAUGAAGAACAAGGAUGUGGUGACUUGGGCCGCAAUGGUUGGGGGAUACGCCUCUAACGGGCAUCCACAGGAGGCUCUGGAACUGUUCUUCGCAAUGCAGGUGGAGGGAAUGAGACCAGAUUGUUAUACAGUGUCUGGGGCGCUCUCAGCAUGCACAAGGUUAGGUGCAUUGGAUUUGGGACGGAGAGUAGUUGGGAUGCUGCACUGGGAUGAGGUUCUUGACAACCCAGUCCUGGGUACUGCACUGAUUGAUACGUAUGCCAAGUGUGGGAGCACAGGUGAGGCGUGGAUGGUGUUCCAGCAGAUGAGGAAGAGAGAUAUCAUUGUUUGGAAUGCAAUGGUCUUGGGGCUUGGCAUGACUGGUCACGAGAAGAUUGCCUUUGCGCUUGUUGGCCAGAUGAAUAAGUUAGGCAUGACACUGAAUGAUAAUACCUUCAUCGGAUUGCUCUGCAGCUGUACACAUACUGGCCUUGUAAAAGAUGGGCAGCGGUAUUUUCAUAACAUGACUCAGUUGUACGGCAUAAGCCCUAGGAUUGAGCAUUAUGGUUGUAUGGUUGACCUGCUCAGUCGUGCGGGGUUGCUUGAGGAGGCUCAUCAGUUAAUAGAAGACAUGCCAAUGCAGGCAAAUGCUGUUGUGUGGGGAGCAGUCCUUGGUGGUUGCAAGAUCCACCGGAACGCUGACCUUGCUGAACUUGCAUUGAAGCAGCUCAUCCAAUUGGAACCAUGGAAUUCUGGAAAUUAUGUCAUGCUUUCUAACAUAUACUCUAACAGUGGAAGAUGGGAAGAUGCUGCAAAGCUCAGGUUGGAAAUGAAGGCAAAGGGGGUUGAGAAGGUCCCUGCAUCUAGCUGGGUUGAACUUGAUGGAAAGGUCUACGAGUUCCAUGUUGGAGACAAAUCACAUCCCCUCUCAGAUCAAAUCUAUGCAAAGCUCGAUCAAUUAGGCAUGGAAAUGAAGGCCAUGGGUUAUAAACCAACUACUGAGGUGGUGAUGUUUGACAUUGAAAAUGAGGAGAAGGAACACACGCUUGUGCAUCACAGUGAGAAAAUUGCCAUUGCAUUCAGCCUCCUUACUACUGAACCAGGAGAGACCAUCAGGGUCACCAAAAACCUCCGAGUUUGCAGUGACUGCCACACCGCCAUCAAGCUCAUAUCGAGGAUUACCUGUCGCGAAAUUAUUGUCCGAGAUAACAAUCGAUUUCAUUGCUUUAGAGAUGGCUAUUGCUCUUGCAAUGACUAUUGGUAGUAUACAGAUGUUUUCUUUUUUGCAAUAUUGGACAGUAUCUAGAGUUGGAGCAUCUGCAUUUUCAUCUUAUGUAAAACUGUAGUCAGCUAGAGCUGGUACUGGAGCAUAGUUACUAGCACAAUGCAUGGCAGAUUGGUAUGUAGUUCCCUUUCCAUUCAUUUCAAUGAAAGGAGUUGAUAGUUUUCUGAUUUCUGCUCUUGUAUUUUAUUUGUAAUCUACUUCAGAAAUUAAAAUGGCCAAAAUACUGCUUAAGUUUAUGCUU